AUGAGUGUAUUGCCUAGAACUGUCCAGGAUGUUAAUCCUACGCAAAAUAGAAAAUCAAUCUCAGUGAUGAAUUCUAACAAUGAUGCAUAUGAUUAUAACCAUUACAAUAACAGCACUUUCAGUAAUAAUAAUAGGAUACCAAUAGUAAUAAAAAGACUUUUCAAGACACCAAAAAAUUUGGACUUUGAAACAGCUACGUGGGAAAUGUUCCACUUGAUCUUCAAACCUAGAAAGGCAUUCCGUUCAUUUUAUUAUCAACAUCAAACCAAAAAUCAAUGGGCAAGAGAUGAUCCAUCUUUCUUUCUUUUACAAAUCUUACUAUUGUCAAUCACAUCGAUCGCAUGGUCCAUUGCAUAUGGUAGAUCAUUCAUGGGAUUUUGCAAACUACUAUUCAAUAUGAUAUUCAUUGAUUUCUUUCUGUUAGGUUUCAUAAUCUCUACCAUGUUUUGGUUCAUAUUAAACAGACCAUUUUUCCAAUUCAAACUAAUGACAAAUAAUGAUUAUUAUAACAGUAAUAAUGUCAAUAACAGUACUCGACCAUCCAUAGAAUGGGGCUAUUGUUUUGAUGUUCACUGUGAUGCAUUCUUAGUUAUCCUGUUAUUACUGUAUUUCUUGCAAUUCCUAUUAUUACCAAUAAUUAAUUUGCAUAAUUGGUUUGCCCUGAUUGUGGGGAAUUCAUUAUAUUGUUUCGCCAUUGGUCAUUACUUCAUCUUGACCUUUUAUGGUUAUUCACAAUUACCAUUUUUGAAAAAUAUCAACUUUAUCCUAUUGCCAACUUUAGGUAUGGCCCUCCUUUAUGUUAUUAGCUUAAUAGGUAUUGAUUUAUCUUCAUGGUUAAGUUUUUAUAAUUACACAAACUAA